AUGACUGGAUCAAAGUUAUUAGAGGACCGUGUUGAAGCUUUGAAGGCAGAAGAGAUGCCAAGCAUUGAUGACGACUGCAAUCAACCGGAAGUUUCCGAUUAUGUUGAUAAGAUCUAUCAGUAUUACUGGGUUUCUGAGGCACAGAAUCAACCUCCAGAAAAUUUAAUGUCGAUUCAGGCAGACAUUGCUCCUCAUAUGCGAGGCAUAUUGGUCAACUGGUUAAUUGAAGUCAAAGAUAGCAUCUCAGCUGAGACAUACACGAGAGCACAGGUGCUUGGAAUGCUUGAACACUUGGCAUUCUACCUUAUCGAGUUGUGCUUAGUUGAAUAUGAACCGUUAAGGUUCAAGCCCUCAUUGCUGUGCGCAGCAGCCCUAUAUGUUGCAAGGUGCACCCUGCAGAUUACUCCGGCUUGGACUCCGCUGCUCUGCAAACACUCUCGUUAUGAAGUAUCCCAAAUCAGAGACUGUUCAGAGAUGGUCUUAAGAUUUCACAAAGCUGCAAGAAUGGGAAGUUUGUAG